ACACUAUGCACAAAGCACAAAUUACUUCCUGAAGUUGAAGAUGGUGGCACAGUUCCAGUCUUGGUGUAUGGAGUUGUGACCAGUGCACUUCAAUGGGUUUUUCUUUGUUGGGGUGGCUCCUCAAAUAAACCUACAAUUGAGUUCAUGGCCUCACAAAGCCAGAUGAGCAUUGAGGCAUUGCAGUUGACUAUAUGGGGACUGGACUAUCAAAAUGAUGGUAAUAGCAAGUUUAAAAUAGGGGUCACUCCAUGUAGACUUCCUCUGGCACACAAAAUAUUAUCAAAAAACUCUUCAUGGUGGGAAUCACUUCUUCACGACAUGAGAUUCGUUGUCAUUUUGCAUGCCUGGUAA